AUGGUGCAAUCACGAUACGCCAAUGUUGACGAAAGUGCUAUCGUCGAGAUAGCCAACGAGGCCGCCAAGGGAGUGCCCUAUUUCACGCCUAAACAGGAUACUCCCGCGGGCACAGCGACUUUACGCACUCCAGAUGACCCUAGUCUGCCGAAACUGUUCACGCCGUUGAAGAUCAAGGGACUUGAGUUGCAGAAUCGCAUUUUCCUCUCCCCUCUUUGCCAGUACUCAGCCGAAGACGGACACCAGACUGAUUGGCAUUUCGCUCAUCUCAGCGGGAUUAUCUCUCGUGGACCUGGCCUCUCAUUCGUGGAGGCUACUUCGGUCACUCCAAAUGGUCGAAUCACACCCGAGGACUGUGGUCUCUGGAAAGACUCCCAGAUCGCGCCACUGCGAAGAAUUGUGGAGUUCGCACAUGGCCAGGGCCAGCAUAUAGGUAUUCAACUAGCUCAUGCAGGACGGAAGGCAAACACUGUCGCGCCCUGGUUGAGCAUGGCUCGCGGCCCUGCCGCGGCCCUGAAAACGGUCAAUGGCUUUGAAAAUGAAGGAUUCACACCGGCUAACGGGUGGCCUGACGACGUAUAUGGUCCAUCUGCUAUCGCUUACAAGGAUAAGAACCUCAUUCCGCACGAGAUGUCCCGCGACGAGAUUCGAUCAUUGGUACAAGCGUGGGGCGACGCGACCAAGCGAGCUGUGCAAACUGGAUUCGAUACGAUUGAGAUCCACGGCGCGCAUGGGUACUUGAUCCACGAGUUCCUCUCGCCGGUAUCGAACAAAAGAACGGAUGAGUAUGGAGGCAGUUUCGAGAAUCGCACCAGGUUGGCACUGGAAGUGGUGGAUGCUGCCAGGAAGAAUAUGCCCGAGGACAUGCCUCUUUUCUUCCGCGUCAGCGGCACAGAGUGGCUGGAGCAUCUUCAACACGAGCCUACUUGGGACGUCAAUGAGACCAUUCGUCUGGCUGAUGUUCUGGCCACUCGGAGCGUCGAUGUUCUCGAUGUUUCGAGUGGAGGCAACGACCCACGGCAAAAGAUCAAAGGUGGUCCAGGGUAUCAGGCCCCAAUUGCUCAAGAAGUGAAGAAGGUCCUCGGUGACAAGAUUCUCGUUGGAACUGUCGGUGCGAUCACUUCGGGUAAACAGGCGAACAGUCUGCUGGAAGAUGAUCUUGAUAUUAUUUUCAUUGGUCGAAUGUUCCAGAAGAAUCCUGGUUUGGUGUUCGCGUUUGGAGAAGAGCUGGGAGUCGACGUUCUGGCCCCGAGCCAGAUACAAUGGGGAUUUGGCGGACGUCGUCGGAAGUGA